AUGAGGUAUACCCUGAAGUCGGAACUGUCUAAGUCCUCCGGAAUCGUCCCGCCUUCUUCCCAGAUGCUAGACUUGCAUUCAAGAAAUAGUCGCGUGCCGCAAGCCACACUGUGGACGACUACGGUGGAACGCCCGGUAAUUCGACAACUGCCCGACGAAGUCAUAGAAGACUCGGAACCGGAGAGGGAGGAGUCUCGAAGGCGUCGAAAAGAAGAGAGACAGAAGCAAAAGGAACUGAAGAAGCCAACUAAUCUCGAACACACGACUUCCAAUUCUGAUGAAUGCCCAGGCUCAGCCAAUCUCGAGCAAGCAAGCAACUCCACGACUAGAAAACUUCCCCAGAAAGAAUCGACAGUUGUGAAUAACUUGUCAAGCCUAUCGACGACUUGCUGCAAUACGGACGGUUCGAAUUUCUAUGAUCUGGACUCUAUGAAAGCUAAAAAUGCUGUUGAGAAAAGGGCAGGUGUUAUAACAGACCUGCCCGUUUCUCAUUCAGUACAGAAUGUCGUCACAAUACUUAGCGAGAGUAAUACAAGCGACAGCGAGGUUGACGAGAAGAGAACUGAUAAGAUGCGCACAAAGCUGGGCCAUUUCGCAUUUCCCGUGACUUCCCAAGCUUCGUCAUUGGCUAGCUCAAUAUCCAGGACGUCAUCGACCGUUGUACAGUCUACAUGUUCUGCCAAUGCACCGAGUGGUGUUCAAACGGAGAAUCGGAAAAGGCCGCUCAGCUCAACACCCGCUUAUCUUGAUUUCUCAGAGAACCAGCUUAAAACACUAGUGAAGUGCGUCAGCUGUGACCUCAAGUGGACAACCCGAAAAUCUACUGCUCACAAAGUGACUCAUAUGCGUACCUGCGCGAAGAAAUCUCGUCUCACCGAGGAGACGAUGAAGAUCCUUAUUUCGCGCGAAACGAGCGUGGCACCUCCCAAAGUCAAAAAGCCCCGUCCUAUCAAGGACCGACCUUCUGAGCGACCUCAACGUACCUAUCUGGAGGAUAUCAUAAAAGAGGAUGGAAUUCAGAGACCUAGAAAGCGUCAGAAGGAACUCACUGGCUCAGUCAGAGGAGUUGUGGAGUCGCGCACUGGAAUAGUCGAACGUGCUAAUCUGAUUCUCAAUAAGCCAUCGUCAAGCCGAUCGACGACUGACGACUGCAUGAGGUUGCAACCACCUCCGCAACCACCUCCAUCCACGCAAACAUUCGCUCAGAGUACGCUUGCCUCUAGGAUAAACGGAAUAUCUUCCUGGUCGCAAGAUGAAGCGGAACCGCCUUGUUGCCGUACUGGACCGGUUAUAGGCGGAAGUGAAGGUCCUGUGGAUGUAUCCUCGGCUACCCUCUCGAACGUCAAUGGCAUUUCUUACAGGUUGUAA